GUGUCUGCAAACAAAAGAUAAUUACAAGAAAAAUUCUGAUGAGCAAGAGGAAACUAGCAUGCAGAUUCCCUGGCCUUCAGGCUUCAGAGCUGGAUUCAAAUGAUCCUUCAGGAAUGAAGAACUCUAUGAAGCUAGAGGGGUGAUUCUAUGGAUGGCUCUUUCGCCAACAAGCAUGGCUGCCACAUCAUAGGCCACAUCGAUGACUAUACUGCUCUCAGAGAGCAGAUUGCAGAGGGGAAACAGCUGGUUGAAAAGAUACAGUCUCUCCUGAGACCCACAUGCAACUUCCUGGGCCUUGAAGCUCAGAGCUUAGAGGCACCAGGCAGCAAAUGUUUCCAUGAGCUAAGAAGCAGUGCUCAUGCCCUGCAGCACACCCUAGAUGAGUCAGCCUCGCUCCUGACCAUGUUCUGGAGAGCAGCUUUACCAAGCUUCCACGGCCCUGGGCUGCCUGGCAAAGUGGAUGAGUCAAUGGAGAGGGUGCUCCUGGAUCUGCGAGCCCAAGUAUCCAAACAGGAGAAGCUCCUUGAGAGCACAGCUGAGCAUCUGAAGACUGCCCACCAACAGAAGGAGAACAUGGAGCAGUUCAUUGUCAGCCAGUUGACCAGGACACAUGAUGUUUUGAGGAAGGCAAGGACUAACUUGGAGUUAAGGAACCUGUUGCACCUUACACGGUCACAGAGCCUGCUUCAAAUACAUUACCAUCUGACAUCAGAUCAGUGAAAUCCUUAAGGGUCCUGCUGUGUGCUCCAGCAUUGAGACCCUCGCCUUCCAGGAGCCACAAAAGAAGCAAAGCCACCACAGGUCCCUUACACAUGAGGAAGCCUAGGCCUAACCCCCUCACCACAUCUGAACAAAUACCUAUCUGCUAAGGAGCACCUGGGCCCUAUUCCUUCAAAGCUGGUGCAGGACAUUUCUGAUCACCUUCUGAAGAGGUGAUCAGAAAUGUCUCCUACUAGGGUAGGCAGAAAGGCAGAAUGACUUUCUGGCAGUGAUGGAAUACCAGUAGUAAAAUACUACCAGGCCUCUCACUAGACAAAUUGCACCUAAGAGUGCAUGCUAAACCUCGAGACACUGCUUAUGAACAGCCUCAGUGACACAGCACCUGUCACAACACAGUUCUCACCUCAGCAGCUCUCCUCAGAAAAUCAACUCUGGGGAAAUUGCUGCCUCCUACACAAGGGUCAUGUGAUUUCAAUGUAGAGCUCCUUGGCAGUUCUAGAAGCACCCUAAUGAGCAGCAGGGCCCUGCUGGACAGUGUCAGUGAGACUCAGCUAGCACCUUUCACAGAUCCACACCUGACCAGGUAGCUCCUCUAGGCCAAGCCAGGUUGGACUUUGCACUGCACCUUCAGGUCUGACCUCUUUGAGUCCAUGUGAGGAAGGAAAUUGAUGACUUGCUAAGAGGCCCUCUUAUUUGUAGCCUAGCACAAUCUGCUUCCUUUAUUCAAUCAUUCUCCAAAUUUUACUGCCCCCUCCUUUCCAUUAAGUAUGCUGCCUCAUUUUGCUAACCUAACAUCCCUCAGGGGAAUAUGAGACUGAUGUCCACAUCAAGCCUAUGCAAAGUCUUGCAUAUGGCAGCCUCUACUUGUUUCUUAGUGGUGUGGGCCAGGCCCCAAUUGUACUGAAGCCUCCUUUGUGUCUUCAGAGUGCUCCUAGGACCUGAGUAGGUAUGCGUAAAUGUAAGAUAAAGGUUUAUUUAUGUUGCUGUAGCCAUAUGUUGAAGACCAACCUCACUCAUGGCAGGCAGGGUGAAACUGUAAUAAUCUUUUGGUGGCUCUUUUUUUUCUUUUAAAGCAAAGUUUGUAUAAAUAGUUUCUUUCUUUUUUUUGUCUUUGUUUCCCAUUUCUAUACCAGUCCCUAGAAUAAGUGUUAAGAAUAGAAAAUAAAAUAAACCAAACCCAAAAAACCAAAGACUGAAUGUUUUU